GAUUACUAUGUUUUUUGGCACCUGUUGUUGUGUGUAACCAACUUGAUUAAUGUUUUUGUUUCAGUUUAUGCACUUUCAUGACCUAUGAUGAUAAUUCUUUUGAGUUUGAGUUUAUCCAUGGGUUGAUCUCUUUCUCCAAAUAUGGAAAUUGGAAUGGAUUGUAAUUUGUUACUAGUCAAGAAAUCAACAAAACCAUCACAAACCCACUCCACCAAUUUCCUAAAUUUGCAUUGAUUUCAGGUUGAAGAAAAAUGGGAGGUGGAAAAGACAGGCCGGACGAGGAAUCUAGUGACAAAGGGCUGUUUUCAAAUCUUGCAGGAUUUGCUGCUGGACACUACCCUCCCCCACAUGGUGCAUACCAUUCUCAAGGUUAUCCACCAUCUGCAUAUCCUCCUCCAGGUGGAUACCCACCAUCUGGAUAUCCUCCUCCGGGUGGAUACCCACCAUCUGGAUAUCCUCCUCCGGGCGCAUACCCACCAUCGGGAUAUCCUCCUCCGGGCGGAUACCCACCAGCGGGAUAUCCUCCUCCAGGUGGAUACCCCCCUGCACCAUAUCCUCCCCCUGGUGGAUACCCGCCAUCUGGUUAUCCUGGUCCUUCAGCACCACCAUAUCAUUCAGGGCAUGGAUCCAACACAGGAGCAUUGCUGGCUGGGGGUGCUGCUGCAGCAGCUGCUCUUUACGGGGCUCACCAGCUCUCACACGGUGCUCACCAUCUUGGCCAUGGAGGUUACUAUGGCCAUGGCUUUGGCCAUCACGGGAAGUUAAAGCACGGAAAGUUCAAGCAUGGCAAGUUUGGAAAGCGCUGGAAACAUGGAAUGUAUGGAAAGCAUAAGGGGGGUUUCUUCAAGAGAUGGAAAUGAUUCAUCUGGUUCCCUAGUGUGUUUGGCUUUUCUACCAUCUUUACUUCCUGGUUUAUUUGGCUUUCUACUAUUUACCAAUAUGACUUGGGCUACCUGUUCUUUAAUUUGAUUAGGGUUUUUAGCGCUUGUACACUUAACCCAACUACUACUAGCUAACCUUUUGUACAAAAUGAUCUUUUGGUGGUGCAUGAUGGGAAUCAUAUUAGUUUUCCAACUCCUGUUUUUUGAAA